AUGUCGGGUAAUAUUAAGAGAGUCGCUGCCACAGCAGUGAACUGGGCCAAACUUGGAGAAAGACUUGUUCCCGAACAUGCUGCUGAACUAGCAAAUUUGAAGGGUGCCAGCCAUAAUUUUUCAGCAGCUGUGAGUCUGCUUCCUGCUGAUCUUCCACAGAUCGAUUUCAACGCUCUGAAGAAGUCAAUGCCAGAUCAUGUGGCGAUUUUGGACUCCUUACAAAAGCAGUUUCAGUCUAUCAAGAUUCCUUACGGAGAAAUUCCGAAAGCAUACCUACAGGAAAUCGACCAUUGGAUCGAGUACAACAAUGAACGCACGAAACUUCAUGAAAUGAAGGUUGCCGAUGGAUUGGAAGAAGCUAAGAAGGUUGAAGCUAAAUGGGCUUCUGCUCCUCCAGUUGAACACUUUGAUCGUCAACAUUUCGUAGAGUACUUCCCACAAGAAUUCUAUGAUCUGCGCUACCAGAACAGAAUUCCUGAUCCAUGUGGUCUCGGUUUGAAUGAGACUCCGGAAAUUGAGGCACGAUUCAAGGAUUACAAGGUUCUCCGACGUGCUGAUAAAGUUGACGACCACUAA